CAAAAAGCUCACUCAGCUUCCCCAGCAAGCUAGACAAAACCCGGUUCCAUAAAUUAGGGUUCUCAAAAUCCCCGCCUUUUUUUUUUCACACACUGACACUGAGUGAGACUGAGAGUUCACGGAAUCAGUGCAUGAAUGGCGAAGGAAGACGAUAAUCCUACAACUCCACUGCUUUCUAAACCGAACUCAAACCCUAGUAAAGACCAGUCUCCGGUUCUCUCCGAAUCAUGUUCUUCCCUUCCCCGUAGCAAUUGUAAUGGCAAUAACAACUACAAAAUUACCGAUGCCAAUGGCACUGAUAAAUCUCUGUUGCAGAGAAAUCCGCUGAGUCCUGAAGAUUUUAUACUAUCGGUGGCUUCGAAAAUUGCGUCUCAGCCUUUGCAGUACUCUGAUCCUGACGUUUGGGGCGUCUUAACUGCCAUCUCCGAUAAGGCCCGCAAGCGUCUUCAGGGAAUGAACAUGCUUCUUACAUCUGAAGAACACUGCAUUGGUCGGUUGGUAGAUGAUACCCGUUUCCAGAUUUUGUCUCCAGCUGUUAGUGCUCAACAUUGCAAGAUCUACAGGAAAAAGGUCGUCAGCGAAGAUGUGGAGGGCUCUGCCAACAGUUGCACUGCAGUCUUUCUGAAAGAUUCAAGCACAAAUGGGACGUAUCUGAAUUGGGAAAAGCUGAACAAAGGUAGCCCUGAAGUCAGACUACGUCAUGGUGACAUUAUCUCAAUUGCGUUUGCUCCACAUCAUGGUAGAGUAUCUAUUUUUAUUAAGUUUCUACUUGCUUGCUUCAUAUGUGUAUCAUUCUCGACCGAAAGAUGAUUAACAAUUUUAGUU